AUGGAAGAUAAUGAGCAAAGCAACAGAGAUGCGGAGCGUCAGGGGUCGGCGGACGAGUCGAACCGGGGGAUCCUUCCACUUCUACAGGCACCGGGAAACCUGCAACUCCCGCACCGAAUCACUAACUUCUUCAUCGACAACAUCUUGCGCCCUGACUUUGGACGGCGAAAAGAGGCGAACAUUACACGAGAUGAACGUAACCACACAACUAGAGAGAACCCUAGUCCCACCAGUCCCGGCGUGGGACAGGUGGGGAGUACCGUGCCGGCCGAGGGGACCUCCACGCCUCACCCGGGCGCAGGGGGCAAGAAGGCAGAGGUGGCCACGGAGGAACAGCUGAAGUCCCGCGGAGAAAGUGGAGACCAGUGCCUGAGCUCAGACUCGGAUAGUUCUCAUGCCAGCACCACCGCCUCCAACAGCGCGCCUUUGCUUUGGCCGGCGUGGGUCUACUGCACCCGCUAUUCGGAUAGGCCUUCGUCAGGCCCUCGAUCUCGCAAACCAAAGAAGAAAACAACAACAACAACCCCCAGCAAAGAGGACAAGCGACCACGUACUGCAUUCACGGCGGAUCAGCUCCAGAGACUAAAGGCCGAGUUUCAGACCAACCGCUACCUGACCGAGCAACGAAGGCAGAGCCUAGCCCAAGAACUCGGCCUCAACGAAUCCCAGAUCAAAAUAUGGUUCCAGAACAAACGGGCCAAGAUCAAGAAAGCCACCGGCACCAAGAAUUCUCUGGCCUUACAUCUGAUGGCGCAGGGACUGUACAAUCACUCCACCACAACAAAGGAUGACAAAUCAGACAGAGACAGCGACUAAAGACAGAACAGAAAUGUGUCGUCAUGAUCACAAUGCAAUAAUUUCUAAAAAACAAAAAAGUAAGUAAAAAAAAUCAAGGGCCAGUGUAUAAAUAUACCAGCAUUAACGAAAUCUAAGAAGAUAACUAUGAGAUACAUAUCUGUUAUUACAUACAUAUAAGCGUGAUUUAUUACAUACAUGUAUAAAAGUGAAAUAUAUAAGUAUAUAUAUCAUAUAACAUUGCAUCAUUUUCUUUCUGAGUAAGUGGGCCUACAUGUUUUGUGAGAGAGGAAACCGUGUCUCUAGACGUUUUGUAUCGUUACCAUUUUGUCAGGUACGUCCAGUGCGUUCGACUGAUAAGCUUACUCGACCAUUACAUGUCAGCACCAUGAAAAAAAACAUCUCGCUUAAGUCCAAAGAAUCCUUUUCUGCUGCAUCCAGGCAACUGUGAAUAUGAAUAAAUAGCUAAGGAGAUA